UCCAUAUUGAGACUUACAGCCGGAUAGAGCCGAAACCAAUUUUCUUUUGACCAAUUAAAAGUAACUAGAUAUCACACCAAUCAACAUCAAGACAUGAAGAUCACACAUUAUUGGUGCAAAAACAGUAGCUCAAGAUGCCUGAUAAAAGCUGAGAUUUGAUAGAGUUGCAGUUAGAUUCUACAACUUUCUUUCUUUGUUAGUUGAAGAUGGAAAACAGUUAUAAUAAUUCUUGUUGGCCUGAACCCUCCAAUUUGGCGAACUUCAGCUUUUCACUCAACAAUGAAUCUUCCUUUGUAGCCCCAUGGCAGCAGUUUCAUGAAUUUCCUCCCCAAUUCUCAGCCUCUAACUCAACCCAGUUUCAUGAAUUUCCUUCAUGGUCCAAUCCAGUUCCCGAAGAUCGAUCCACAACUGCUUCCAAGAGUCACAGCCAAGCCGAAAAGAGGCGCCGGGACAGGAUCAAUGCACAGCUUGCAACUCUUAGAAAGCUAAUUCCCAAGUCUGAUAAGAUGGACAAAGCGGCACUACUGGGGAGUGUGAUAGAACAUGUGAAAGAUCUGAAGCUAAAAGCAAUGGAAGUCAGCAAGGCAUUCACAAUACCAACAGAAGUAGAUGAAGUUACUGUUGAUUAUGAUCUUGCACAAUCUGCAAACCCCACCAAUAUUAAUAAUGUCAACAAAAGCAAGAACAGUAUUUUAAUCAAGGUUUCUGUGUGCUGUGAGGAUCAACCGGAACUGCUCAGAGAACUCAUCAGAGUUCUCAACGGCCUCGGACUCUCCACAGUUCAAGCUGAUAUCGCCACUGUAGGAGGAAGAAUCAAAAGCAUCUUGGUACUUUGCAACAAAGAUAGUGAUCAAGAAAGUGUUCCUUUAAACACUUUAAAACAAUCACUUCUCUUAGUUUUAAGUAGAUUGUCUUCUGCAUCUAUGGCUUCAAACUUUCGCAUUAGAAGCAAAAGGCAGAGGUUGUUCUUGCCUUCUCAUUUCUCCGAAUAAAUACAUAAUAUUAGAUUUCUCAAA